CGAUUUAAUUUAGCAGAUGUGCGAGGGUUAGUUUGUUUUUUUCGAUGUAGAAGCGGUGAACGACAGUCGUAUUCUCAAGAUUUUGGCUAGAAUUUCUUAGAUUCUUUCAUUUUCAUAAAUUUACUGUUCAAAGUUAUAAACAUAAUAUCUAGUACCUACUGUUAGUUCUCGAUCAAUUGUGAAUCCAACUUGAAUCUGACUGGAUAGAAUCUGCUGUCAAAACAAGAUGGAUGCGAUGAGUUUAAGUUUGGACGAAAUAAUCAAAAAGAAGGCGGUCGGAAAAAGGACUAAAGGUAAAUCUGCUGAAACCAAACGAAUCGCUAAGGUAAGCAAUUCAAGAAACGGCACAGCCGGUGGUGACCGCUCUCGUCCAAACAAGAAACUUCUUGUUAAGCAAACUGGACGGAAAAGAAAAACAGAAGUUAAGUCCCGGAUGGGAACCGCUAAGCCAAAUGUAGUAGUUGAUGCAAGGAUGAAAAUUAUCCAGAAAAAACGAUCACAAAUUCGAGAUGCAAGAGAUAAACUGGUUGAAAUUGCCCGGAAUAGCGGCGAUGCUAGACUGAGACUCUUAAAACGGAAAGGAAAGCUUCCUCCUGGGAGUGUUCUCUCCAAAAACAGAUUGUCAGGGAAACCAUACCUUGAUGACAUGGAGAUAGACUACGGCAUGGAGGUGGAUUUGCGUCGGCCGAUUGGUCCUUUAAAGCGAACUGUUCGAAAUGAAAUGUUUACUGUACCGAGCACAAUGCCCCCCUUACCCACGUUUAGCCGUAACGUGCGUAACUCGCCUCCGCCACAGACUUCGUCAUGGAAUAGCGAUCCGUUUGAUUGUUACGAAGUUCAUACAGCUCGUCCCGUCGUACAGAAAAGCCAUGCUCCAGCACCAAUCCCCCACUACGACGAUCUUCCCCCGAGACGCGGAUUUGCCAGAGUACGAUCGCCUCCACCGUCACAUCCGAUGUACGCUGAAGAUCGACCUCAUCUGUCAUCCACAAUGCGUGCUCGUUUAGAACGUGCCCCCAAUCCAAGCGAGUCAAUGGGUAUUUUUGCCAAAAUGUCUCCAGAUGAUCAUAUCGGUAGUAGCAGCCGGCAUCUUCAUCACCAUCCUCAUCAUCAUCAGCAGCAGCAACCGCUUUCUCCAUCUCCAUCGCCGCCAAUCUCCGGAUAUAGAAUCGUCGUUAGCAAUCUCCAUUCCAGUGUAACGCAGAAUGACAUAAAGGAACUUUUCGAAGACAUUGGAGAUCUACUAGAAUCACGUCUCGUGCGACCGGGAGUAGCUGAAGUUAUUUACCGCUCUUUAAAGGAUGCGGAGGAAGCGGUCGACACGUACCACAAUCGUCAACUAGACGGUCAACCAAUGAAAUGUUUGUUGGUAAAACCACGAUCUUUCAACAAACCAACAGCUCCAGCCAUCAGCUACUCAAGCUCAUCAAGACCCCUGAAACCUUCUUCACAAUCAUCGGCAUCCAAAAAACCGCAGGUUGAGAUAGAUAUCGACGCCUUGCACACGGUCCUUUUCAGACGAGAUCACUAGAAAAAAAACGUUCAUCAGCAUACAUUUUCACACAUGAACUUGCUGGCCAGACAGACAUCCAGGUAUUACACUCUUGACAGGUUCGUUUCGAUUCUGCUUUUUGAGUACUUACAAUUAGUUUUCUUUUUUUACGAAUUAAAUCAAGCUUGAUCUUGAACAGAUUAUAACGUCAAUUUCAGUUCUGUUCUGUUUGUCACAAUAUUCAACAUUUAUUUAAAUUACAAAUUGAUCAAAUAUUCGUAAGUGUUGUUUUACAGCUAAUCAGGAAAAAACAAUAAGGAAGCAAAUGCAAAAAGAAACGAACCUUUGAAUUAUACUUAUGUAAUAAACUUAGAUAAUAUGCAA